AUGGCCGGGAAGGGAGGCAAGGGCCUGCUCGCGGCCAAGACGACGGCCGCCAAGACCGCCGAGAAGGACAAGGGGAAGAAGGCCCCCAUCUCCCGCUCGUCCCGCGCGGGGCUGCAGUUCCCUGUGGGCCGUAUCCAUCGUCAGCUGAAGCAAAGGACUCAGGCCAAUGGCCGUGUUGGUGCUACUGCGGCGGUCUACUCUGCUGCUAUCCUGGAGUACCUGACAGCUGAGGUUCUGGAGCUGGCUGGGAACGCCAGCAAGGAUCUCAAGGUCAAGCGUAUCACCCCUCGUCACCUCCAACUGGCCAUCCGUGGAGACGAGGAGCUCGACACCCUCAUCAAGGGCACCAUUGCUGGUGGAGGUGUGAUCCCGCACAUCCACAAGUCCCUGAUCAACAAGUCCUCCAAAGAGUGA